AAAGACUUAGCUGGCAGAAGACUCCAAAGAUGCCUAAGAAAAAGGAGGAUGUGGCUGUGAGGAAAUCGGCACGCCUUAUGAUGAAGCAGAAGAAGCAGGCCAAGGAGCAGGUGGUCAAAGAGGAGCCUGAGAUGAGAGUUGAGGCCACGCAGGAAGCAAAUGUUCAGAAGAAGAAGUCGACCAGUGGGGAGGUAAAAGCCAUGUGCAGCCCUGCAGGGAGCGGUGGUAGCAAGAUUGUUUCCCCUGUCCAGACCGGCCCCAGUGGUCAGAUUGCCUCCCAAGUCCAGGCCAGCUCUAGUGGUCAGAUCGCCUCCGAUGUCCAGACUGGCCCCAGCACCCAGAUCGCCUCCAGUGUCCAGACUGGUUCCAGUGUCCGGAUUGCCUCCCGUGGCCGGCCCAGACUCCGCGUCCUGACCGGCUCCCGCCUCUCUCUAGCCUACCGACGCCAGACCAGCCCCACUGACCAGAUUGUUCUUCACAGCCAGACCAGUCCCUCAGAAGAGAGCAGCCCCCGUGGCCGUGGCCGUGGCCGUGGCCGUGGCCGCGGCCGCGGCCGCAGCGUCACCGUUUCCCCUGACCAAAGCCUCACUGGUUCCUGUAGCCGAGGCUGCCCCCGUGGCCAAGGCCGCCCCCGUAGCCGAGGUCGCCCACGUGGCCGAGGCCGCCCCCGUGGUCUAGCCACCUCCCACAGCCAAGCCAGCCCCUAUGGCCAAGCCGGCCCCCACGGCCAAGUAGGCCCCCACGACGAAGCCGGCCCCUACACCCAAAUCAGCCCCAUGGCCAAGCAGCCCCCACGGCCAAGCCGGGCCAUACGACCAAGCUGGUCCCUAUGA